UUUGUCCCUAAUUUCGUUUCCGUUCUUGUGAGAGUGAGGCGGUGACCGGUGAAUUUCAUCCUCUCCUUUAUCAAGUUCAACAACAUGGAUGAUGAUCAGGAAAUGGAAAGGUUUGGAAUGGAGAAUGAUUAUGAAGAUGGUCAGUGGAUCACUGGUGAAUUCUACUAUCGGAAGCGCAAAGAAAAAAAGCACGUUCAAACCAAGGAUGAUGUCCUCUAUGGUGUUUUUGCUUCUGGGGAUAGCGACUCUGACUAUGAGGGAUCCUCCAAGAAGCACAAGAAAGGACUUUCCACGAAGCCUGACCUCACUAAACCUGUUAAUUUCGUCUCAAAUGGAACUGUCAUGCCUAACCAAGAAAUUGAUCAGAAUACCAAAGAGGAAAACGACCAGCUAAUAUCAGAAGAGAGCAAAGGUUUGGGAUUUGGGGCAUCUGUUGGCCUUGGAUUUGGUACUAGUUCCACCAAUAAUAAUGCUGAUGAGGAAUAUAUCAAGACAGCAGCCCAGGUUGAAACUGAUGGGGAAAACUUUCUGCCGUCUGCUUUUGGUAGGAAGAUCAAAGAAGGUGCCCUAAGACGUGAGAAGGAAAAGGAAAAGGAGAAGUCUAUGUUGGCCAAGAAAUCUUCCGAAUCAGGGAGAAGAGAACCUGGUGGUGAUGUUGGUGGCUUUGAGAAGUAUACCAAGGGGAUUGGGAAGAAAUUGCUUGAGAAGAUGGGUUAUAAGGGAGGUGGGUUGGGUAAAAAUCAGCAAGGAAUUUUGGCUCCGAUCGAGGCAAAGCUAAGGCCCAAGAAUUUGGGAAUGGGUUUCAAUGACUAUAAGGAGGCUAGUGCACCAGCUCUUCAAGAAUCAGAAGGAAAGCCUGUUGCUCGGCCUCCUCAACCCGUGGAAGGCCGCUCAAAAGAGAAGCUUUGGUCAAAGCAAGCUAAAAAAGUGAAGAAGGCUUACAUUACAGCUGAAGAGUUAUUAGCCAAAAAGCAGGAGCAGGGCCUGGAAAUUAUUCAGAAGGUCUUUGAUAUGAGGGGUCCACAGGUUCGAGUCUUGACGAAUCUGGAGAAUUUGAACGCGGAGGAAAAAGCAAGGGAAAAUGAUGUUCCAAUGCCUGAACUUCAGCACAAUAUCAUGUUGAUUGUCGAUUUGGCAGAACUUGACAUACAAAAAAUUGAUAGUGAUUUGAGAAAUGAGAGGGAGGCAGUUGUUGCUUUGCAGAAGGAGAAGGAGAAGCUCCAAGCUGAGGCAGCUCGCCAAAAAAGGCAGUUUGAUAAUAUGGAAGAGAUUGUGAGUGUAUUGGACCGGAUAGGGGGAGAAAGCACAUCUGGUACCCUGACCCUAGACUCCCUUGCAAAAGCAUUUGCAGACUUGCAACAGCAGUAUGCUGAGGAAUACAAACUCUGCAACUUGUCAAGCAUAGCGUGCUCAUAUGCUCUGCCGUUAUUUAUUCAAGUUUUUCAGGGAUGGGAUCCACUUCAAACUCCAACACAUGGAUUGGAGGUGGUUUCCCUGUGGAAGAACCUUUUGCAAGGGGAUGACAUUUUUACUAUCUCUGAUGCUGCAUCUCCUUAUACUCAACUAUUUAUGGAAGUUGUAUUCCCCGCUGUUAGAAUAUCUGGCACCAAUACCUGGCAGGCAAGGGACCCUGAACCAAUGCUUCAUUUUUUGGAUUCUUGGGAGAAGCUGUUGCCUCCUGCAGUCCUUCAGACAAUACUGGAAAACAUUGUUUUGCCCAAGUUAUCAGCUGCUGUGAACUCCUGGGAUCCACGUCGAGAAACAAUUCCAAUCCAUUCCUGGGUUCAUCCAUGGUUGCCCUUGCUGGGUCAAAGAUUGGAAAGCUGCUAUCACACUAUACGUAACAGAUUGGAAAGUGUCUUGCAUGCUUGGCACCCAAGUGAUAUGUCUGCAUACUACAUAUUGUCUCCUUGGAAGACUGUGUUUGAUGCAAUUAACUGGGAAAAGCUGAUGGUCCGGUUUAUUGUUCCAAAGUUGUUAGCAGUGAUGCAUGAAUUCCAAAUAAAUCCAGCAAAUCAGAACCUUGAUCAGUUCUAUUGGGUCCGUACUUGGGCUACUGCUAUUCCCAUCCAUCACAUGCUUCCAAUACUGGAUAUAUUCUUCAACAAGUGGCAAGAGGUUUUGUACCACUGGUUAUGCUCAAACCCGAACUUUGAAGAAGUGACGAAAUGGUAUUUGGGUUGGAAGGAACUUAUUCCACCUGAACUUCAGGCAAAUGAACACGUUCGCUAUCGACUUAAUCUUGUUCUAGAAAUGAUGAACCAGGCUGUUGAAGGCUUGGAGGUUGUUCAGCCUGGUUUGAGGGAGAACAUUAGUUAUCUUAGGGUUCUUGAACAAAGGCAGUUUGAGACUCAGAAAAAAGCUGCAGCACAAGCUCAAUCCCGUCCUUUUGUGGGCUCGAACAGUGGUACCCAAAUGGAUGGUACAGGUGGUGGGUUUUACAUGAGCGUAAAAGAAAUUGUUGAAGUUCAUGCUCAACAGAAUGGUUUGCUGUUCAAGCCUAAGCCCCGCAGGAUGCAAGAUGGUCAUCAGAUAUAUGGUUUUGGUAACAUCAGCAUUAUUAUAGAUUCUCUCAAUCAGAAGGUGUUUGCGCAAGUUGAGGACAGGUGGUCUUUGGUAUCACUUGAGCAGCUGUUGGAUCUGCAUAAUCGAUCUGGGUUAAAGCGCCGAUAAAUGCCGUAAGUUCUUGAAUUUUAUGUAUGAAAGCAACUCCAAGCUUUCUAAAACUAAUUUUUGGGCUUCACGGAUAUUUCUGCACUGGAUCUCUCAUUAUGCUGCAGUAAGUCAUGAGAAGAUGAAGUACAUUUCCCCCUAGUGGAAUUAUCUCCUCCUUUGUUGACACUAUUUAACUUGUAAGUUCUUAUACUCCUCCUUUAAUGACACUAUUUAAAACCCAGAAUUUGUUCUAAUGUGUUUGCAAUUUUUGGGUAGCGAUUUUCCCCAAUUUUUGCUUUCUUCUUGCUUUUCAUCUUUUGGUCGUAUUCCUUCUCUAGUGGUUUGAUUAUUUUAUGUCUUGGGUCUAUUUUUUGUCGUUUUUCUGUUCGAUUGGAGUGAUAUUUGUUUUAGCUUUUGCUACUUUGUUAGCUAAUUGGAUUGUACUCAUAUUACAUGCCCUAAAUUUUGACAUUGCUGAUUCUUGUCUCUGCUGGUACUUCUGGUUUAUUCGCAAUAAUAACCUUAAUAUUAAGAUAUGGCUUGAUAGGUAGUGUCGUAGUGGAAUGCUAAAGCCGCUGAAGUUAUUGGGAUCGGCGUCGAGAAUAAACAAUUAGAUAGAGGUAGAACAUUGUUCAAUCUGUAGCUGCAUUAGUAAUCAGGGUAUACAGUUCUCAGUGUGAUUACAAUGGUGUCAAUUGUUGAAUCUGACAUUAGUUAUUUGCCUAUUUCUACCAUUAUAAUACUUCCGUAAUUAUGAAUCCUUGAUGCAUUAUGGUAAAAAUAGUUUUACAUUUUUUUUUUGCUAGGUUUUUUUUGGGUACCGUUUUGGUUUUUGAAAGUGAUGCUUAAACAUUUUGAUUCGAUGGGAUGUGCACUCUAAUGCCAUCCAGAUUGUUUGUUGAUAUGUUGAAGCAGAUGAAUUCUUUUUAUUGCGUCUUUUUCACAUGAAUUUUAUAAAUACACAUCCAUCACCCAGUAAUUCAAUAGUUACAUUUGUUUACUUCUACUGGACUGUAGCGGUAAAACUUCAUACUUUAUUUGUUGUUAUGUUAAAGAAAUACAUUUGGAAUGUAUGUUGCUUGGAUGUGUACUUCUAUUCCAGUAGUACUACUGUUUGUGUGACUUUAGGUUGAGUCAAGUCAUUAGAUAUAACUUAUACAUUUGAAAAUUAUACCAGCAUAUAAAGAUUCACUACAAAAAGUUUACUAUUUCAAUAGGGAAUAUUUUUCUAUCAUAGGUUGUAACUAGAUGAUGCUUCCUCCACCACUAUUCAUUGGACUUUAUUAAACUUACUUAUUUUCGCCCAGAAGAUUAAUCAAUAUUUGAGAAGAUCUAUGGUGGACUUGCACUCGGGUUUAGCUUACAAUAAGUGUUGUGACUAGGUAAUUUUUUUUUCCUCGUUAUUUUCCUGCUGUUAUUUGUCCAAAUCUUUUCAUUUUAAAAGAUUAUUGUUGAUUAGCUUCCUUCUUGUUCUAAUUGCCUCUUUGCUGCUGCUGAUGAGGCAAUAUACCAACUUGUGUUGAGUUUUUUUACUGUGGGUUAGUGGAGAUUUUCAUGUUAAAGAAUGUUGGUUAUUUGUCUAACCACACAGAGAAUGCAUCAAGCUAAAAUGUAACUAUCACCUCUUUGUUGUCUUUACAAGCGACUGGGUAAUGAAAUUUUCCUGAUUUAACUAUAGUUGUUUCCAAGUACUAUGAUGUUAUGGAGCUGAUCACGGUAAAGCAAGACUCAAACUUUAAAGUGAGCGAUGAUUUAAUUAUUUACUUGAUGUUAGUAUCUUUUACUUCUCUUCUUUUGACUUGCCUUUUAUUUUAGCAACGUUAUGGCUAAAUUUCUGUACCUUUUCUUUAUUGUGUUGGGUACAAGCUUUUAGCUUUUACAGUCUGGUACCUAUGCUUGCCGCUGAACCACUGUUUCUCCUUCAGCUUUCUUUUUUCAUGCAUCCGUGAAAGUUCAUUGUUGUUCCCUACUUCUCUUGUGGAGAUUUAUUGUCGUUUGUAAUCUGGUCCUGUAUUUUUUCACUGAAGUUUGAUACUGUCAGGAUACAUUUUCAUGUAUUGAACCAAUGCAGUUUGCACCAAGGACAGUGGUCAAACAGAACCUUCAUGUGUUUGUAGGACUACCAUGAAUACAUAUAAAGAAAGUAAACACGACAUAUAAUGAGUGAAUUGUCAAUCCAUCUUUUUGCCCUUUGUUGAUCAAUCCUAAAGAAAAAUCAAGGCUUCACAAAACUUCCCUAUUGACUUUGAGAAAUUGUCAUCCAUGCCUAAAACUUUUGUGGACCGUUCUUUUAAUGAAAUCCUAAUAGUAAUGCCUUUUAAUUUCCUUUGCUCAGUUUGUACGUUAUAGUUGUAUAUGUAAAACAAUCUAACCUA